CUUCUUCAAACGCGAUCUCGGUGGAAGCUGGUUCGCUGUAGUCCUGCCGGCUCUGUAGACGAGGGUGCUAAUCGGGGCAGAAGACUGCGUCGGUUCUACAACGUCAGAGGUUUUUUUUUUUUCCCCAAGAAAACAUCACCACUAUACAGACGCCCCCGUCAUUCGUCUUACACACACACACACACGCACGCUUUUAUUCCGGUACAUCUCAUCACCAUCGUUCGUUUCCCCUCUUCUGCGCUAAGAUCAUGUCGAACCCGGCCAUGUCGACCAAGGAGGAGAAACCCGAAGAACAGAAGGGGAACCAGUCCAGUUGGAAAGAUUUUCUCUACAAUCCGAGAACUGGGGAGUUUAUUGGUCGCACGGCCAGCAGUUGGGCCCUCAUUUUGCUUUUCUACGUGGUGUUCUACGGCUUCCUGGCGGGCAUGUUCACGCUCACCAUGUGGGUGAUGCUGCAGACGCUGGACGACAACACGCCCAAGUACCGCGACAGAGUGUCCAACCCAGGUUUGGUGAUCAGGCCAAAGUUCAUGGAUAUCAUGUUUAACCGAUCUGAUCCUCUCAAGUACAAGCAGUACGUUCAGCACCUGGAGUCUUUCUUACAGCCCUACAAUGACACGGAGCAGGAGAAGAACGACCUGUGCAUGUACGGGGAGUACACGGUGCAGGACCAGGAGGAGGUGAAGAGGGCUUGCCAGUUCAAACGCAGCCUCCUGGGGGAGUGCUCCGGCCUGGUCGACAGCAGCUUCGGCUACGCCCAGGGCAAGCCCUGCGUCCUGGUCAAGAUGAACCGGAUCAUCGGAUUGAAGCCAGGGGGCGAUCCGACUAUUAACUGCACAUCAAAGAGAGAAAGUGACCUGGCGAUGGAGUACUACCCCAGCGAGGGCAGGAUCGAUAAGAUGUACUUCCCCUACUACGGGAAAAAGGCCCACAAGAGCUACGUCCAGCCCCUGGUGGCGGUGCAGCUGCUGCUGACCCGGGAGGACUACGGGAAGGAGCUGAGCGUGGAGUGCAAGCUGAGGGGCACCGACCUGCGGAACGACGACGACCGCGACAAGUUCCUGGGCCGUGUCACCUUCCGGGUCAAGGUGACGGAGUGAGGGGGGCGGAGCCUCGUUUCCCGUGUCAUGGUGACGGAGUGAGGGGGCGGAGCCUCGUUUUCCACGUGUUCCUCCCGCACUACCCUCCCUAAAACCCCCCCCCCCACCCCACCCCUUCCCCCCCCUCUCCCCUUUCCCCAGCCUGUGGCCCCUCCCACCUGGGACUCAUCCCAAUGCUCCUGCCCCCCCAAGCCCCCCCCCCCCCCCAAUGACCACCCUUUGCACUGUACUGAAGGAUCACGGCGGGGGGGGGGGUCUUGGGGAAAGGGGUACUCUUUUUAGCACAAUGGGGGGCCAGUGGUAGGGAAGUGGUGGGGGGGGGGGGGCGAAGUUUCACGGCAAGAUCCGCCAAACCUAGUCUCACCCCCACGCAUUGAAACGAACAAAACGACACCCUCUCCCCCCACCCCCACCCCCCACCGUCACCCUCACCCCACCAACCUGCAACAACCGUUUUUUCAAAGAUCUUGAACUUUAUGAGAUGGUGCCAUAUUAGGGACCUGUAAAUAGCUGUACUUGAAGUUCCUCUGGACUCCCCUCGUCUCCAGUUUCUGUGCAGUCUUUGUGUUGUGCCGUUCUGUAUGUACAUGUACAUGUUAAUGGAUUCCAACACUGUUUUUUCUGGGUUAGCUCACGUCACGUCAGGACCGUUGUAAUAAAUGAUAAAGGAAAUAAAAAUAAGUAUAUAAUGUAAUAAAAAAAAUUUAAAAUAAAUAUGUUUCUAAAAGAAAAUAAUACAACAACAAAAAAAAUCUUAUCUGAAACCACCUGGGAAAUGUUUAAAGGAAGUGAUUUUUUUCAACCUCUGUUGGACUUGCAUUGUCUAAACAGAUGCCUUAAAACCUGUAAGAUCUCUUGAAAUAAAGGUGAUUUUAAACAAC